AUUACUCGUCCAACUACGAUGCGUCUACGGUUCUGCUCACGUGGAAAGUCAACGAGGAAAAUUUGUGACGUGCUUAACCCACAUCCACACGGAUGUAAGGUAUCCGUGAAUAUAUAAAUGUAUGCGUUGUGAUUCCCUUUAUCUGAUUUUCGGUCAAAAACGUAUGUACUAAACUAGUUAACGAAUUGCUUAUUUGUCCCUUAUGCGUGCAGUAUUAUCUUGACAGUUGACCUUUCGUGUUCGUAUAAUGUGUAAACUUGUUUAUGGAAAAAAACACGAAAGACUAUAGCUAGGUGAGUGAACGUCCAAAGGUCCAUGAACGCAAUGGGGCCCCUUUGAGUUUCACCAGCUGGUACACUGUCUCUAUUCGAGACACAUACAAAUUUCGUUAUUACAUGAUCACUUUUUGCAAUCGAAUAACAUAAUUACUGGAAUGUAUCAAUUAAAUCUUUCCAACAAGCAAAGAAGCAACCCUGAAAAUCCGAACCACCCAAAGGAUUAUUUUUCUUCAGGAUUUUCAGAAGAACACUCGCAACAAAUACAUUCAGGUUAUAUUGGUGGUGUUCAAAAUAUUGUUACUCCAGAUAAUAUACUUAUGCCAACUGUAGAUUAUACUAAAUCCAUGGAGAGUUUUCAAUCUGUUGAUGCACAAUCUAUUGCUCCUCAUGAACAUGCAGUUUCAAGCAUGUAUCAGACGAAUGCCAACAAAGCUGCAACUGAUAAUGCACCACCUAAUAUGGUAUAUGAUCAAUGGUAUAACAAUAAUGCUAUACCACCACCAAUUGAAAACUCAUGGUUUUCAAAAGAUAACAUUCGUGGAUCAAAACAAUGGCCUGAACAAAGUGUUGAAAAUUACGAAAACAUUCAACAGCCUUCCGAAUUUGUUAAUUUAGAAGUAGUUAUACCUGCCCUAGAAGAACGUGAUAUAUAUGGAUCUCGAGAUUCUAUAAAUAGGGAAACAUUAGAUAACGAUCCUAAAGUUCUUGCAAAUCUUCAAAAAGAAACAAUUAAUGUACGUGAAUAUAGACAAGAAGUAAAUAAUAUCGAAGUUCCUUCUAUACAACAACACACGCAAGGUCAUCGAUCUUUACAACAGGAACAAGCCUUAAACAAUUAUGAAUUUGCUUCAAACGAUAGAAACACAUUUUUAGAAACAGGAGAAUUAACAGAUUCUCAUACCGAUCAUGAAUUAUCUCCACCGAAUCAGGAUGAUGAAAAUGAUGAAGUUCCAAAUGAUAUUCCUUUUCUACGUGAAGUUCCUGGUCAAUCUAGUUCCAUUGAUCCUAGAAAUGAUAGAAAUGAUCCUGCCGGGCAAGAGCAAUAUAUACAAUCUGGUCAGCGAUUAUCUGACCCAAGAAGAAAUGAUCCUUCUGGACAAGAACAAGGAUUACAAAUUAGAAAUAUAUCUGACAGAUCCGAACGUAGAGAUGUUCCACCUGGUCAGGAAAGAAGUAUAUCUUCUCUUUCUCGAAGUGAAUCGGAUACAUUAGAACGUCAGAAUGAUCCUUCUGGUAGAGAACGUUCUUUACCUCCACAACAAUCUAGAAAUGAUCCAUCAGGGGAAGAGAGAUAUCAAGUACAAUCUCAAAUAAUGCUAGAAUCGAGUGAAAUACGUGAAAUACCUGGAAGAGGCAACGAACUCGAGGAUGUUGCUCAACAAUCGGAUGGAGGACUUAGACAAAUUCCAGGAGGUGCAUCUCCUAAUGAAACCAUUCAAUCUUCGGAUGAUAGAUCUACAGGAAGAGUAGUUACAGGAUCUCAAGAAGUUCCUUUAUCUAUUCCCUCUGUUUCGGACCAACCGAGUGAUUCUAGAAAUAAACGAGAAGAAGCAGUUGGAGCAUCUGAAGGAGGUAAUCAAAGUGUUCAAGUACAAUCUAUACGUAAAGAUUCUUAUGAAAAUGAAGAUGAUGAAGGAUCUGGUAACAGUAGAGAAGAUAGUAGAGAAAGACACAGAGAUACAAGUCCUGAUCGUAGACGUUAUGAUUAUGAAAGAAAGAAUACAUAUUACGAUCGUGAACGUGAAUAUGAUGAUGAUUAUUAUUACGAUCGUCGACGCGGUGUAGAUAAUGAAAGACCGUACAAUGAUUUCGAACGUCGAGACCUUUCUUAUAGAGAUGACGAUCGUAAGCAUCAUAGUCGUGAUGAUUUAGAUCGUCAUCCAAGAGAUGAAAUAGAAAGAAGAAACAGAGUUAAAGAUGAGCCAGAUGAUGGGAGAAGAAGACAAGAUGAUCCACGUAGAAGAGAUAGGGGUGAUGAUCCACGUAGAAGGGACAGAGAAACUAGAGAUUAUGAUUUGAGGUAUGCUAGGGAUGCUAGGGAUAGAGAAUACCCUGGUCGUGAAAGAAGAAGGGACGACAGACGACCUAGAAGAUACGAUGAUUACGAUAUUAGAGAUCCGUAUAGAAGAGAAUAUUAUGAAGAUCCUUAUAGCAGAAGUUCUAGACCUUCUAGCAGAUCUUCUUACAACGACAGAGAUAGGGAAUAUUACAUGCGUUCUAGAGAUCCUUACUAUGCUUACAAUGGAUAUGGUGGAUACGACUAUAGUACUCAUUAUGGUAACAAUUAUUACGCAUAUCUUGAGAAUUUACGUCGUACCAAUCCAGCUGCUUAUACAGAAUGGUAUCACAAAUAUUAUGCUAGCCAGCAUCAACAACAAAUAUCUAGAGGUGUUAGUAAUUAUCCAGAAGAUAGGGCUAGUGUACAUUCAGGACGCAGUUCUUGUGAGGAACGUGCAUGCUUCCAUUCACCAAACAAAGCUCUAUACGUUUCAUAUUUUGGUUAUCCUGAAUGGGGGAAGAAUUUUCCACAGAGAAGAACUUCUAGUCACAGUUUGAAUAGAACCACUGGAGAUAAACGAACCUUAGCUCAUAUGUCACAGUUUGAAGACUCAACAACAACAUCUGCACGACUAACACCAACAAAAUUUUCAACUUGCCAUGUAUAUGGAUCUUUUUCUGUCGGAUCAAUAAUACAUGUUCAACCUAGUUAUCCAGCUGAUGGUGAAAGAGCUAAAGUGGAUAUUAUACGUGUGGAAAAUCUACUUUUUCAUGAUCCUGUUGCACGUGAUUUACGUGCCUAUCCGGGACCUCUAAUUAAGCAAGUAGGAGUAACGCACAAAAAAACCAUAAUUAAAUACUGCGAAAAUAAAAUUAAAACAGCAAUAGCGAACGAUGAUAUGAUUGAUCGCGCUUCUUAUAUACUUUUAUAUGAAUUAAUGAUUAUGCUAAUCCAACAAAACGGCAAUGUUGUCGGUGUUGAUAUAGCAGCACUUUUACUUAGAAAUAAAGAUGCUUAUCCUUAUGAUGUAAAUAAACCAAAAUUGCAAGAUACAGGAAGAAGAGAGUCUGUGAUGUCACAGCGAUCUGGAACAAGUGCAAAUGGAAAUAAUGGAGAUAAUCUAUUAACUACUGAAAAAGUAGAAAAUGUCAAACAACAGAAAACUGUAGAACAAAUGACAGAUGAAUUUAGAAAUACACUUCUUUAUGGAUUAGUUCAAGAAGCAUUAGAAUAUGCUAUGAAUGAAGGAUUAUGGGGACAUGCACUUUUUUUAGCUAGCAAAUUGGAUAAGCGUACUCAUGCAUCUGUAAUGACACAAUUUGCAAAUAGUCUAUCACCUUCUGAUCCAUUACAAACUUUAUAUCAGUUGCACUCAGGUCGCAUACCAACCAUUGUAACAAGUGUAGCAGAUCCACGAUGGGACGACUGGAGGCCUCACUUAGCUAUGAUUAUUUCAAAUACAUCUGCUAAUCCUGAAAUUAAUCGACGAUCAAUAACAACACUUGGAGAUACUCUUUUUGCAAGAGGAGAUAUCUAUGCUGCUCAUUUUUGUUACAUUCUGGCACAAGUUGAUUUUAGCCCAUAUGGAGUAAAUUCAGCAAAACUUGUUCUAAUAGGCUCUAAUCAUCACAAACCAUAUUCCGAAUUUAUGACAACAGAAGCUGUUAUGUUAACAGAAAUUUAUGAAUACGCUCGUAAUCUUAGCGAACCUGGAUUUACUUCGGUAGAUCUUCAAACUUUUAAAUUUGAUUUGGCAGUCAAAAUGGUUGACUAUGGCUUGAUAGAAAAAGCAUUACUUUAUAUAGAACAAAUUGCAGUUAAUAUUGUUAAUGAACCGUCAAAAUAUAAAAGGUCUUUUAUUAUGUCAGUUUAUGCAUUGGGUGAUAAAAUUAAAUAUCAUGAUCCUGUAUGCAAAGAUUCUACUGAAGAUGCUACUAAUCUUAUUUGGUUAAAUAAUUUAGCACAGAUUGUGAAUAAAUAUCAGAUAGGAGAAAUAGUCGAAAGUAAUACAUAUGAGUCACAAGUAAACGAAGAUUUACAGAGUCCAGAAAUCCAUGAUAAUAAAUUACAAACACAGCAACAACAAAUACAACAACAGUGGGGACCUAAUCAAACUGAGUACAGAGAUAGACCAACGUCUGGUAUGAAUACUAAAGUGCAGUCAGACUGGGAACCAUUAUCAUUACCAUCAACUAUACAGCAAGAUACAUACGAUCAAUCUACACAAUACAUGCGUAAUAAUGAAAAUAAUCAAUAUCAACAACCUCAGCAACAAGAUUAUUGGAAUCAACAACAAACAUAUUAUCAAAAUAACUUUGGUAGAAAUGAUGGUGCAGUUAGUUGGCAGCAACAGUCUACUCAAGCUCAGUACGCUGACGAUCAGCCUGACAUGGAUAAUUCUCAACAACAAGAAAACUGGAACUAUGAGACGGAAAGAGAAGAAAAAACAUCUACUCCUGAACAAAUGCAACCAGCAAUUUCUAUGACACCUUCCUCGGGUAAACAAUAUGAUCCAUUAGAGGAGUUAGAUGCAUUAGAAACACCAAAACAAGGUGCUAAAUCUACUACAGAAACUAAGAAGACAUCUGAUAAAAAUAAUGAAAAGAAACAAACUAAUGGAGGUAGUUCAUGGUUUGGAGGUCUUUUCAGUAAAUUAGCCCCGAAACCACGUAAUCAAAUGAUACUACCAGAUGAUAGUAAUCCUACGAUUGUUUGGGAUCCUGUUGCAAAAAGAUGGAUAAAUAAAGAUGAAGAUGCAGAUACCAGUACAACAUCAUUGCCUCCACCACCAAAAGCAACUGACAUGGGUUUUAGACCACCAUCAAUUGAACAAGUUAAUACACCUAAAUCUGCAGCCUUGCAACAAAAUAAACUAACUCAAGAGGCAAAGAAUAUGAAUGAUUCUAAAGUACAGACUAACUACAAUAUGUUCAAACUACAGAAGGGAAGAAAUAUGCGUGCUAAUUAUGUAGAUGUAAUGAAUCGAAAUGGUGGAAAAAGUAGUACAACAUCAUCGAGUGUACCAACGCCUGCAACAUCUCCAUUUGUACCUAUGGCUGUAUCAUCUCCUCAAUUAUUCAUUCCUGCACCAGUAAAUGAUCCAAAUGCACCCGUUGACUUUUUAACACCAACUCCAGCACCAAGUAUACCUGCUACUCACCCCACUGAAAAUGUAAAUCAAGGACUCUCUCGAUGGAGCUCAACCAGCUCAUUAUCGCGAGAGGUGCAGAGCUACACAAUGAGGGAUCCGCGCCUUCUUCAAAGGAAUAAGGACCAAUGAACAAACCCGAUAAUAUCAAGGAUCGUGUAAUGAAGAAUGUGCAACAUAAUUGGAUAUCCAUGAUAAGUUCGAUUACUUAUUCUUAUCGAAAUAAUUGUUAAUUAAAAGAAUUUCUUGUGUUUCAUACAAGUUGGAUUUAUUAUAUAAAGUGUAUAUUAUUGGUGUACGGCUGGUUGAAACUCUGUCAACAUAUUAUAGAUUUUUAACUUAGAUUUCGAAACGAAUCCAUUUUUACUAGCAUAAUGAUAUAAUCAGGAAUUAUGAAAUUUUAUUAUAGAUAGAAAAUUUAGACAAAAUUUCAGAAUUAUUAUUAUAAGUCUAGUUAUAUAUUAGUAAAAUACAACACAACAACAACAACAACAAAAAUAAGCAAUUACUUUUAAUUUUAGAAUUGAAACAUUCUGACUAUUAAUAAGCCAUGCAAUUAUCUUCUUCACAUUAAAGGGAAUAUAUUAUUCUGUUUAAAAAUAUCUUUUUAUAAUAUUCCCUCGCGUAGAAAAUUACUUUAUACUUGAAUGAAAACAUAAAUACAAUACUUUUUACUUUCCAAUUGGUAAUGCAUUGAUGGUUUAACUCUUAAAUAUUCUAAAUAUAUUUUUGAAAUGCUAUUUUUCUGUCAAAUAAUAUCGCUCUCUUUAAAAUGAAUAGAUAUUAUCAUUGAAAUCACUAUGGUACUUUUGUCAUCUUGUUAAUAUGCUGCAAUAUUAAUUAUAUACAAUUAUUUUUUGUUUUAAUUUCAAACAAUUAAUUAAUUAAUUAAUUAAAUGCAAUCUAUAAAUAUUAAAUAUUCCUCAGAAUGCAAAUGCUUGCAAAGGACUACUCAUUUAUUUAAAAACAAAUUAUUGCAAUUAUUAAUGAAAUUUUUUUUUUUUUUACAAUUAUAUAUAAUUUAUAUGAAAUAUAAAUAAUUGGUCCUUUGUGAAAACUAUGUAAUAAAUAAUGAAAAUACUACUGAGUUUAUAACAUAGUGAUUAUACAAAUCUAUGAUUAUUAAAAAAUGGCCUUGGUAUGUACUACAAUUCCAAGUCUGAUUUUAUAUGCUGGCAAAACUACAAGAAUGAAAAGGGUAAACUGAAGGGUGUUAAAACAAACAGAAAUGUUAUGAAUUUUGUCUAUUAAUGUGUAAGGAUGAAUAAGUAUUGUUAAUAAUAGAUAAAUUAUUAAGAUAUUGAUACACCAAUGUAAUGUAACUGCCAUCCUAUAAGAUUGUAAAGGAGAGGAAAAAGGCAUAGUAUAAUAUAGUUUUAAUGGCGGAA